AUGUCCGGUCCGCCCUUUACGGUUCGGGCGGUCUUCGAGUAUGCUUCGGAACAUGACGACGACCUGAAAUUCCCGAUCGGUCAGAUCGUGACGGUCACCGCCCUGGAAGAUGACGAUUGGUACUAUGGUGAAUACUCGGACGCCUCGGGGGUCAAACAGGAGGGCAUCUUCCCGAAAAAUUUCGUGGAGAAGUACGAGCCUCCAGCUCCUCCCCGCCCAUCUCGCCCCAGACCGAAGAAGGAACCGGAACCGGUCGAGUCUCCUGUGGAAGUUCAAGCACCGCCCGAGCCCGAGGUGCUGCCGGAGCCCCCACGACCGCAAUCCCCACCAGCUCCGAGUGCCCCUGUCGCAGAAGUAGCAUCAUCUCCCCCACAGCUGGCACAGGAGCCCGCUCCUACCCCCGUCGCCCCGGUCGAACCGAUCGAGCCCGUAGCCAAGGCGCCGCCACCGUCCAAGCCUGCUCCUCCAGCGGUCGCGGAGAAGCCGACCGCCUCCUCCUUCCGGGAUCGAAUCGCUGCCUUCAACAAGCCUGCGGCGACGCCUAUCACUCCAUUUAAGCCCGGUGGCUCCGGGCCAUCCUUCAUCAAGAAACCUUUCGUCGCGCCGCCCCCAAGCCGCGAUGCCUACAAACCCCCACCGAGGGAGCCCGCGCCCGUGGUCUACAAGAGAGAGGAGGACCCCGCCGUCAAAGAACAGAUUGCGCGUGAACCUCCCGUCUCCGAAAGCCGGCCUCCUCCCCCACCUGCGCCCCUUGCGACCGAGGACAGCGAGGAAAAUGCAGAAGACCAGCCCAAACCGACUAGCUUGAAAGACCGGAUCGCCCAGCUUCAGAAGCAGCAAGCGGAGCAAGCUCAGCGCCACGCGGAGGCGGCUCAGAAGAAAGAAAAGCCUGCCCGUCCUCCUCCCAGGAAGUCCGUAGAUGAAUCAGUGGCUCCUGCUGUCCCUGCAGCCACAGUCCCGGAGGAAGAGCAGGAGUCUCCGACUGAUACCUCCCCGGCACCGCCUGUGCCAUUCUCCCCCACUCAGGAAGUCCCAAGCGAUGCCAAUGAUGCCGACUACUCCGCUGCAGCUGAUUCCGAAGAUGCCGGGGAGACAUCGACCAGCAAGGACGAUGACGAGGAUCAACCGCGCCCCAGCACCCAGCGCCGACCGUCAACCCGACCAGUCGAACAACCCGCUGAGGAGCCAGAGGUUGAAGAACAGGAGGCCGAGGAAGAGGAAGAGGAAAUGGAUCCUGAGACUAAGCGCCGAAUGGAACUGCGUGAACGCAUGGCCAAAAUGAGCGGUGGCAUGGGCAUGAUGGGUCUCUUCGGUCCACCUGGAGGGAUGCCUGGCAUGUCUGGCCCCGGUGCGGGUGCUCGCACUAAGCCCAAGACCCCAGGCGAGUCGGAGAAAAGACUCGCUGAGCCGGACGAGGAGCCCACUUCGCCUGCCAAUGCUCCCCCGGUGCCCAUGGUUCCCCUGCCGGGGAUGAACCUGGCUACCAAGCCAGUUGUCCCCACCGAGGUGGAGAAGGAUGAGGAGCCCGUGGCGACGCCCAUCACCGAACAACAUCCCGCGCGCGAGGUACCUGACGUGGAAGACGUAGUUCACGAGGGCGCAGUGCCUCGUGCCUCUAUCGAUCGUCCGCCUCCAGCGCCGCCACUUCAAGAUCGUUCGGCGCCUCCUCCACCCCCACGGGAGUCAAGACCAGUUCCGGCUGCUCCAGGCUCGCCGCCAGCUUCCCCUCCACCAGUUCCUGGAGGCCGGCCCGUACCUCCUCGUCCUACGACUGCCGAAAGAGGCGAUGAGUCUGAUGAUGAACUCUCAGUGCACACAUCUAACCUGUCAUUAAACAACUUGGCUUCACCGGUUGUCUCUGCACCUCCAAUUCCCGAUCAGAUUGACUCUCGUCGAUCAUCGACAUAUGAUCCUGUAUCAUCGACGGCUUCCACUCCCGCAGCUGAAAAGAGAGCCAGUCGACUCCCGCCUCCUAUCCCAGUCAAUCCCCCCAUGCCCCCUGCGCAGAGCCGCGCACCACCUCCGCCGCCUCCAGAGCAGCCCCGCCGCCGCUCCACCGCCGACAGUCGCAUGAGCGCGGUGGCACCUCCCCGACAGGCUGGGGACGAUACGGAGGGUGAAGUGACUGAGUAUGACGGCGACUACGAUACCGAUAUCGCAUCGGGAGUGAAGCACAAGGAUGCAUUGAAGUCUCAUGAGCGCGAUUCUAGUUUUGACGAGGGUACCAUCACUGAUGACCACUCCAUCAAGUCUCCGCGUAGCCCUCAGGAGUCUCGUCAACCGCCGCCUCUUCCUCCUACCGCUCCCCGAGAUGUCCCGCCGCCUCCUCCAAGCCAACCACCCCGGAACGCCCGUGCUUCCAUUGACACACCCCGAGGACCUCCUCCACCUCCACCUAACAGAGAACCGGCUGACGCUGAUGACGCUGGUGAGGAGUACGAUCCAUUCAAUUACGCAGCCCCUCAGCACGGCCUACCCACAUCUCCCCCACUUCCACACGGCCGCCCAGAGGCGCCGCCUCCCUUCCCACCACAGCAAGAGGCUGAGGAGGAAUAUGAUGAUCUGUAUGAUGCUCCCCCGGCGGCAACUCAGAGGCCCUCGGUCUCGCAUGAGAAGCGGCUCUCGUUGGCACCACCACUUCCCCAAAGCUCGGCUCCGGUGUUGCCAUCACCAUCCGCAGCUCGAAGCCAGCGUGCAUCAAUGGAUCUUCUGAGAGGACCUUCCACCAUGCGUCGGUCUAUGGAUGUUUCACGUCCCUCGGUUGACCAAGGCUAUAUCGCAGCCGACGCUGACCUCGGUGAAAACACUCUGUGGUGGACUGCGCCAAACACCCCUCCUCCCGUCUUCCAAAACCGCAACGACCUACUCUUUGAGAUUGAAGAGUCGGCUUCCACCAAGCGGGGUGGCAAGACAACAGUCUCCAAGGAUGUCUAUAUCUUGUUCCUUGAUUACUCCCAGACAGUCGUUACAGUCCAAUUCGACUCCAAGAACCCCGGCGAUGCUACCGUUGAGCAGCGCCAUGAGCCCCCACCCUUGCAGCCUCGUCAAGACCAGCUUGAGCAAGCCCACAUCCAGCUCGCAACCAAGAUCGCGGAAGCCGUCAACUCGGUCCAGAACUCUACCGUUGGCGACGGUACCCCGCACGGGUUGGUCCAGUACUUGCUCAAUCCUCUGGCCAAUGCCCUCCUUCCCGUCGGAACCCGAGGCUACGGUGCCUUGGUGUACUCCAACCUGGCGAACGCCUCCGUAUCCCAGAACGACGAGAUCCGUGCCGGUGACAUCGUCAGCUUCCGCAAUGCCCGGUUCCAAGGCCACCGCGGCACCAUGCACCAGAAGUACAGCGCCGAGGUUGGCAAACCCGACCACGUCGGCGUUGUAGUUGACUGGGACGGUACCAAGAAGAAGAUCCGGGCCUGGGAGCAAGGUCGUGAAAGCAAGAAGGUCAAGAUGGAAAGCUUCAAGCUGAAUGACCUCCGCAGUGGCGAGUGCAAGGUCUGGCGCGUCAUGCCCCGAAGCUGGGUCGGUUGGGAAUCCAGCAAGUAG